AUGUCCAACAGUAUUGCUUCUGCCGUUUUGAACAUCUUUCAACAUCUCACCAAACAGUUCUUGCAGCCAACCAUGACACAAGCAACCUCAAAUGGUGGUAGCCACAAGCUCCCUCAGAAGCUCACCGGUAGGGCUUUCUACCAAAGUAUCGGAAGCCCAACAAUGAUUGUGGCGCCAAUGGUCGAUCGCUCAGAAUUUGCUUGGAGACUCCUCACACGGUCCUAUCUCGAUGAAGAAAGAUCAAAAUCGUUAUUGGCAUACACUCCCAUGCUGCAUGCUCGAUUGUUUACAGAAACACCAAAGUUCAGAGACCACCAUUUCCAAGCCAUAAGAGAAGGAUUGGUGUCGAAGGAGAAAUCCUCUGCGCCUGCCUGGCUCGAUGGAAAUCCAGCAAUUGACAGACCUUUGUUUGUACAAUUCUGUGCGAACAAACCGGAAGAACUAUUGGAUGCAGCGCAGUAUGUGGCUCCAUAUUGCGAUGCGGUGGAUUUGAAUUUGGGUUGUCCCCAAGGCAUCGCCAGAGCUGGCCACUAUGGAGCAUUUCUGCAGGAGGACUGGGACACAAUUUACAAGUUGAUCAAUACUCUACACAAUGAACUACCAGUACCUGUGACGGCAAAGAUGAGAAUUCUUGAGACUCGCGAGAAGACUCUGGAAUAUGCGAAGAUGAUCCUAUCCGCAGGCGCAAGCAUUCUCACAGUUCAUGGCCGACGGAGAGAACAGAAGGGGCACAAUACUGGUGUGGCAGAUUGGCAGAUGAUUCGGUAUCUGAGAGACAACCUUCCACAGGAAACAGUUCUUUUUGCCAAUGGCAAUAUUCUAAACUCUGGUGACCUCGAAACCUGCCUUGCUGCAACAGGAGUUGAUGGGAUCAUGAGUGCAGAGGGAAACCUUUCAGACCCGACCAUCUUUGCUAGACCUCCCAAAGAACCCAAUCCAAGAGAAUACUGGUAUGGAGGAGACACAGAAGCCAGGAGUGGCUAUCGGAUCGAUGCUGUGUUCCGUAGAUAUAUGGACAUCAUCUACAAAUACAGUGUUGAAGUCGAUCCACCCGCACGGCCACCAUUGUAUGUCUUUGGUGACCCGAACAAGCCCGACUUUUCAUCUCGACUCCCUGCCCAAGAUCAUUCCGAAGAAGGCCAGCAGAAGAAAAGCAAGAAGCGAAGACGAGAUAUCAACAGCCGUCUGUACAACGACCCUAAUGUCAAAUAUAUGCAGGGCCACCUCUUUCAAUUGCUCAGACCAAUGUUAUCAAUCCAUACUGAUAUUCGGGAUGCUCUGGCCAAGGCGCGAGUAGGGGACAUUGAAUCGUUCGAACGCAUCCUAGCGAUGGUAGAACAGGUGACUGUGCAGGGAAUAGACGAAUAUGCCUCACAACAGCAGCAACCUGCAUCAGAAUCAUCUGCGCAAGCGGGAAAUCAGCACGCAUCACAAAACCCAGAUUCACUCGUUGAAGCGAAGCAAAACUCACCGGAUGAACUGCAGCAAGUCUCUGCAGCAGUCGAGCCUCCCCGGCCCGAGCUCACUGCGACUGAAAAGGUGAUCGCAGUGUAUAAGCGACCAUGGUGGGUAUGCCAGCCGCACAUCCGGCCCUUACCUGAAGACGCACUCCGCAGCGGCGCAUUGCAGCUUAGCAAGAAGACAAAGCAGCAGAUGCAGGAAAAGGCAGACGAAAAUCAAGAUGUAACAGCACCAGUAAAGACGGCUUCAGAGAUUGACGCAAAAGCGAUCCAGAGAACGGACGAAGGUGAGGCGCAGCGGCUUGACAACGCCCCAGGCUCAUCUACGGAGAACGCGAAUAAGAUACCAAAAGCUGCUUUAGUCUGUGGCUGA